CCACAUUCAAAUAAUACUCCUCCAUGUCACGAAUCCGUUUCUUAGGCGCACAAGUUGUGCUGUUAAGAAGGUUCUAUUAAGACCAUUCUAGCUUAUGUGAUCUUUGGUUUCUCGUGGAAAGUAGAUAUUUCCGUUGAAGCGAUUGAAGCGGGGUUAGGUGGAGUGAUGCCGUCACCACGACCGCGGGGGUUGCUGGCCCUGGCCCAGAAGCGGCCACACCUCAAGCCACCUGAUUGAUUAUCAACAUCUUUGUGAUCAUAAUAGCACAGGGAGGAACAUUUUCAGUUCAAUCAGGUACCAUGGCGAUCAGUAAUAGCAGAGAAUUACCACCAAGUCGGCCCAACCAGACAUUCGUAUCGGUUUCACCAAUCGAUGGAGGGUCUAUCACCCUGCCUGAGCGAUUCUUUGUCUCUCCCAGUGAUCCUGAUGCCAAAAGCACGGUGCCAUCAUUGGCCUUUCUGAUCACGCAUCCCGACAGUCAGCGAGAUGGCAGCCAAGUCCGUUUGAUGUUCGACCUCGGUCUCCGGUCCGUCAUGGAGAACUACAUGCCAUCGCAGCAAAAGCAUUUGAAGGACGGUCGAGUUCCCUAUCUUCUCGGUCCCGGCGUAGCCGCUCGUCUGGCUGAUGCUGGGCUGAACAGCAAUUCGGACGUCGAUCUGGUCAUACUAAGUCAUGUCCAUUAUGACCACCACGGGGAUCCUAGAGAUUUCAGCAACUCAACCUUCAUACUCGGCCCUGGGUCACUCGCGGUUCUCGAGGGGAAGGGUACUGCCAAAGGGUCACAUCAACAUUUCGACUCUGAUUUAUUAUCACAAAAUCACACGGUCGAGUUGCCACCUCCCCAAGCAGUUCUCAGAAGCGCAUGGAAACCGAUCGGACCGUUCCCAUCAGCAAUUGAUCUUUUUGACGACGGAUCUGUGUAUGUGAUAGAUUCUCCAGGCCACUUACCUGGCCAUCUGAAUCUACUCUGUCGCACCGGACCCAGUGACUGGAUCCUGCUCGGUGGUGACACAUGCCACGAUAUGCGUUUGUUGACAGGAGAAAGAGAAAUUGGAUUUUGGGAAGAUGCCAGCGGCAACUCAAUCUGUAUUCACGCAGAUAGCGUUGCGGCGAAAGAGUCGAUAGCAAGAGUUAGACAGCUGUCUGAGCUGGCGCAGUCAGGUGACUCAACGGUGACAGUAAUUAUGGCACAUGAUUUGGAGUGGUACAACUUCAAUAGGCAGAAGUUCUUCCCAAAUUCUGUAUGA